GUUGUACUCGAUUGACAAGCAACAUGAAGCUCUUCCUGACUGUCCUGGCCUUGGCCGUUGCCUCCGCCACCGCUAUGCCCCAGAAGGUGCAGCCGGUGCCGCUGAAGGAUGCCGUCCUGGGAGCCGGAUCCGGCUCGAUCGAGGGUCGCAUCACCAACGGCUACCCGGCGACCGAGGGCAAGGUGCCCUACAUCGUGGGUCUGGGCUUCAGCAGCGGCGGCAGUGGAUGGUGGUGCGGUGGCUCCAUCAUUGGCAACACCUGGGUGAUCACAGCCGCUCACUGCACCCACGGUGCCGACUCCGUGACCAUCUACUACGGUGCCCUGUGGCGCCUGCAGGCCCAGUACACCCACACCGUGGGCAGUGGAAGCUUCCGCCAGCACUCGAACUACAACACCAACAACCUGAACAACGACAUCUCCCUGAUCAACACCCCCCACGUGGACUUCUGGCACCUGGUCAACAAGGUGGAGCUGCCCAACGGCAACGAGCGCUACAACAACUUCGCCGGCUGGUGGGCUCUAGCCUCCGGAUGGGGCAGGCCUUGCGACAGCUGCGGCGUGUCUGACUACCUGAACUGCGUUGACUCCCAGAUCAUCGAUCGCAGCGAGUGCUCCGCCGUCUAUGGAACCGAUGUUGUCACCGACAACGUCAUCUGCACCUCCACCCCCGGCGGCAAGUCCACCUGCUCCGGCGACUCUGGCGGCCCUCUCGUCAUCCACGACGGCAACAAACUGGUCGGAGUCACCUCCUUCGUGGCCUCCAGCGGCUGCACCUCCGGUCUGCCCGAUGGCUUCACCCGCGUCACCAGCUACCUGGACUGGAUCCGCGACCACACCGGCAUCUCCUACUAAGCGGUCGAGUUUCGUUAUUGAAAUAAACUGUUUUGCAUUUAAAAA